AUGGCCGAGGAGAUCGUGAGGCAAGUCCAGGCUGCCCUAGAGGUUUCCAUGAAGGCGCAGAUAGACUCCCUGGGCACCACGCUCACGCAGACCUUCGCCACGCAGUUCGCGCAACUGUCCCAGGGGCUGGAGAGGAAGAUUGCCGAGCAGAACGCUGGCAUGACGGACAACAUCCUGACGCCGGUCAUGAUGAACAAUGUUACGCCGCAGUACCAUCGCAUCAGCCAGAGCUACUCCCUCACCUUCUCCAGCGAAGCCAUGGCAAAGGAGUCCACGGAGGUCUUCAACAACUCAGACAACCAGUGGAUGGACCCGCGAGACGGAUCGAUGCACUACAUGAAGGCCAGAUCUGACCUGCCGAAGGACGUCAGGACCACACAGAGGGCGCUCAGCAAAGUAUGGGACCCCAUCAUCGAGCUCUUCGGAGCCAGCUCGCGGUACACUGCAGGUUCGAAGCCCAUCAUCAACGGGUACAAGGGCACGAUUCACUGGUCAGAUGGAAAUGAUGUAUGGCCGCUGGUCAGCUGCUCGGGCGUCAACCAUGCGUCGUUCACGUUCGAUAUAGAUCAAAACACUGUUUCUUUCUUCUCCCUGGACACCGACAAGCUGAACAGGAUCAUGGAGGAUGUCCAGAACACGGCCGCCUACAUCUAGGAUGAGCAGCUGGCAUACUCGUCGAGCGUCGAUGACAAUCAUGGCCAAUCUCUUUGGGAGCAUGAAAGCACUACCAGCGUAGUCGGAGACUCAUGCGCUUCUCUUUCGGCCAGCACCUGUCCCUCGGCCACCCCAUCGACACAAAGUUCCAGCUCAACAUGGAGUACAGUAGAUAGCGCAGAUUCGCGUGGACCAGAAGCGUCCACAAAACCAUUCUUGCUUGCGCAGCCGCUUCGAGUAUGCACCUGGAAUGCCCAGACUCUUUUUCACUCCCUUUCUGCCUCCCACAAGCACGGUGCGUCUAAAUUUAAAGCUCUGGCCAGCAUUGCACGG